GUACGUCCUUAAACUACGUCCAAAAGAGAGGUAUGGGCAUUGUGAAUGUCAUCUCGCUUUGUGUGGUAGGGCACAGCCAGUGGAUGUCAUUCCAGAUCUAGAGCAGAGCCCAACUGGGGAAGUACCUCCACCUUACAGAAAACAGCAGCCAAAUAACACUAGACCCUACUCAUAGUGCUGUGUUCCUGCCGGUGAGUAAGGUUGCCAGAGCUCAACUAGGGGGGGCGGGUUUAGGGUCGGCAACGCGCAUGUAACUCCUCUGGAGUUGCAGGCGUACAUAGGCUACGGAGACUGCUUACCAUCAGGCGGGCCGUAUGCUUGUUUGCCACCCACCUAGUAUAAAAAAAAAAAAAGAUAAAUGAUAUUACUUACCGAUAAUUAAAGCAAUUCGUGCAAAAAUUAUUCCCUAACCAUUCCAAAAUAUCAAAAAUGCACAAAGUUAAUAUUCAAGUUUUCACUUCUGCCGGCACUCCCGGAGUGAAACCCGUUGUUUUUUUUACAUUUCAAAUAUUGUUAAGGAUGUGCUGAUAUUCCGUACAUUUUUUGAAAUUGCCGCUUUUUUCUACUGACGGACAUGGCUUGACAAAUAGAUUAUAAAUACUUCAACUAUGGAAGGUAGAGGCAAGGAACAGAAACUCCUUAAGCAGAAUUGUUGCAAAAGUAUCCAGGUGUCAGCUAUAAAUAAUAUAUAGUUCCAAAUCUCUCCAGCGUAGCGCUAGAGUAGCUGAAAACCUAGGCGUUAUUGACGGAGUGAAGUGAGCUGUCUAUGAUUAGAUUUUUAUCUCAAGUAUUUUAGGUAUUGUAGCGCCACCUAUUUAUGGUUUUUUGUUCCUUGCCUCUACCUCUACCAUACCAUACCUUCAACCAACCUUCAACCAUUUAAAUAGAUACACAAAAUUACAACUUCUGAACACACCGUCAGCCGUCAGCUGAUCUGUGUCACUUAGACGUACGUGUGACGUCUCUUGAGUUUUCAUUACGAAACAAACAUGCGAUAAAAUGAGUUUUCUAUGGAAUUCUCCAGCGCAGGCAGCGCGGCGUGCGGCCCUACGAGUUCGCAACUAGUAAAUAUUCAAUAUGAUAACAGAACAUAUCGCGUGAAUAAUUAAGGAAGCAAAGAUGGCGCUCGCACGCGACGCCACCGACAUGCUAAUGGGCGGCACGUCCGCCAUGUUUGCGACCAUCUUUACCAACCCCAUAGAAGUCGUCAAAACACGACUCCAACUCCAGGGAGAGUUAAAAGCUAAAGGACAUAAGAUACAUUACAAGAGUGUACCGCAUGGGCUGUUUGUCAUUGCGAAGAACGAAGGAUUUCGAUCGCUGCAGAGGGGUUUAAGCGCGAUGCUCGGGUUCCAGUUCUUUCUUAAUACUUUUAGGUUAGGAGUUUUCCGGAUAUGCGAACGCCGCGGCCUUACCACGGACGCCACAGGCCGAACGUCAAUACUGAAGGGAGCAGCGGCAGCCGGCGUCGGUGGCGCUAUGGGCUCCAUCGCUGGCACGCCGUUCUUCUUAGUCAAGACCCGGUUGCAGGCUCAGGCUGCACAGGCGAUCUCCGUGGGACAUCAGCACAAGCAUACUGGGACUUUUGAAGCACUCGCUGAUAUUUACGCCAAAGAAGGCUUUAAAGGUUUAUUCCGCGGUGUAGAACCUCAAAUCCCCCGCGGCGCUGUCGGCAGUGCUUCCCAAAUGGUGUCCUUUUCCUACGCUAAAGAGUGGCUGGUGUCCCACGGAUGGAUGACAGACUCGCCUAUACUGUUAUCCUUUGCUGGGGCUAAUCUCGGAGGGCUAGUCAUGACAGCCUGUCUCAAUCCGUUUGAUGUCGUUGCUACGCGUCUUUCUAAUCAGCCGGUGGACGCGAACAACCGCGGCAAGUUAUACUCCGGUAUGAUUGACUGCUUCUACAAGAUGGUGCGUUCAGAAGGCAUCGGAUCCCUGUACAAAGGCACCGGGGCCAACUAUAUGAGGCUAGGGCCACACACUGUUUUACUUUUAGUGUGUUGGGAUCAGCUGAAGAUCUUGGAAGAUUAUUUGAGGAGAUAACGAAACUGCUAAUCUAGAGGUUUCCAAAAGUAAUGGUAUUUGAACCAUUACUUCGUACUAUUUGGACCUAUGCUUGACUGGCAUAGAAUUCCAUUUGGCAUUAAUUCCGCCAUUUAUACAUUGUAUUGCUAUAUUAAUUGCAAUACAGUGUUAAAAAAAUAAAGGUUCGCGGGCCGGAUCUGACCCACGGACCAUAGUUUGAGAACCGCUUAUCAUGCUUGUGCUCGUCGAAGGAAUUAAAAAAAAAUGGGUGAUAAAAAUACAUCAGGGUUCUAAUUUUAAGAGAAAUCAAGUGAACGAAGUACCUAAAUAAAUUUUAGACAUGUAGGUAUAAACCAUUCCAAAUAAAUAUCUAUACAUAUAUGUAUAUUAAGUACCAUAUGAAUUCUAUUUUUUAGUAAGUGAAUUUAUUUUGUUAAUUUAAUUUUACCUAAACAUUUUACAUCAUUGUAUGCUAGACAAUAAACCAUGAUACCUCCA